CGCUGAUUUGCACAUUUUCGUAAUUUAGGCAUCGUCCCCAGUCCCGGAGUGCCUAUCUCCGGGCGAGAAAGAGCCCAACGCCACACCAGAACAUCACCUCUCUCUCUCUCUCUCUCUCUCUCUCAUAUUUACAUAUAUAUACACAUUAUCUACGCAUGCAGGUGAACCAGUACGAUGGUGUCGUUAACUUCGGCUGAACUGAACUACCUGAUUUUCCGUUACCUUCACGAAUCAGGGUUUACACAUUCAGCUUUUUCGUUAGGAUAUGAGGCUGGGAUCGACAAAAGCUCAAUUGAUGGAAAUUUAGUUCCACCUGGUGCUCUUGUUACAUUUGUGCAAAAAGGGAUUCAGUAUCUCGAGUUGGAAGCAAGCACAAGAUGUAGUGAUGCAGAAAUAGACGAGGAUUUCUCGUUCCUUCAGCCCCUAGAUCUUAUAACAAAGGAUGUCUAUGAACUGCAAAAGAUCAUCAAAGAGCGAAAGUCAAAACUUCAACAGGACAGCCACAAAGAGAAGGAGAAAGGUAACGAGUUUGACCGGGAAAAUCAACGAGAUCAUGCACAAGAAAGGGAGAAGGAAAAACAACUAAAGGAAAAAGAAAGAGAACGGGAUAGGGGGAAGUUAGAGAAGGAUAAAGAAAGAGAGAAGGGUAAAGAAAAGGAAAACCAACUUGAGAAUCCUACUGAUACGAAAGAAGGUGGAGAUAAGGGCAACACCAAGCAUGAAGAAAAUGGAAACUGUGGAGAACCAGAGCCUAUGGAUAUAUGCACAAGUUCCAUAUCGGUGCCUCGUGAAAUUCCUAGCAGUGAUGUGAUAGUAUUAGAAGGCCAUACAUCUGAGGUUUUCGUAUGUGCAUGGAGUCCAGCAGGGUCAUAUCUUGCCUCAGGGUCUGGAGAUGCAACAGCAAGAAUUUGGACCAUUGGAGAUGGACCUUGCAGUUCCACCAUGCAAACUGAGUGUAGUGCUGUUGUCUUAAAACAUUGCAAAGGUAGAACCAGUGAAAAGAGCAAGGAUGUCACAACACUUGAUUGGAAUGGAGAGGGGACGCUACUUGCAACAGGUUCAUAUGAUGGGCAAGCACGAAUAUGGAAUAGAGACGGAGAGUUGGUGACCACCUUUAGUAAACACAAAGGUCCGAUCUUUUCUUUGAAGUGGAACAAGAAGGGGGAAUAUCUUCUCAGUGGGAGUGUGGAUAAAACUGCAAUCAUCUGGGACAUAAAGACUGGGGAAUGCAAACAACAAUUUGAAUUUCAUUCAGCUCCUACCCUUGAUGUUGACUGGCGAAAUAAUGUGUCUUUUGCAACUUGCUCCACUGACCACAUGAUAUAUGUUUGUAAAGUUGGAGACAAGCGACCAUUCAAAACUUUCUCAGGUCAUCAGGGUGAAGUUAAUGCUAUCAAAUGGGAUCCUACAGGGUCAUUGUUGGCUUCCUGUUCUGAUGAUACCACUGCGAAGAUAUGGAGCAUGAAACAAGACACAUACGUGCAUGAUUUGAAAGAACAUGCCAAGGAGAUAUACACCAUCAGAUGGAGUCCUACAGGACCUGGAACAAAUAACCCUAAUAAGCAAUUAGUACUGGCAAGUGCCUCCUUUGACUCCACAAUAAAGCUGUGGGAUGUGGAAUUUGGGAGGGUUCUCUACAGCCUAAAUGGCCACAGGGAUCCUGUAUAUUCUGUUUCAUUUAGCCCAAACGGUGAGUAUUUGGCUAGUGGGUCGUUGGAUAAAUGCGUGCACAUAUGGUCUGUGAAGGAAGGCAAGAUUGUGAAAACAUACAACGGGAGUGGUGGCAUUUUUGAAGUUUGUUGGAACAAGGAAGGUGACAAGAUUGCUGCUUGUUUUGCAAACAAUGUGGUUUGUGUCUUGGAUUUCCGCAUGUAGAGUUCGCUAGUAUCCUCACCUCAGCUGUUUCUUUUUACUUCUUUAGCAAAUGGGAUCGAAUCCUUAAAUGAUUUAUCUUCUUUUCUUUUCUUUUUUUUUUUUUUGGUUAAGGAAUCUUUAAUGUCAAUCUUUUCUGGGACAGGUUCGUUCCAUACCAUAGCUACAUUUUGUAGAAAAGGAAGAUUCAUUAGGUUGUGCUUGGUUUUAGGCUGUUCAAGCUUUUAUUAGUAAAAUGGUGUGUUUGAACAGUA